CCCUCCUCAUAUUCUCUAUUCUCCAAUCCAAUGCCUCUAUGACCCAGAAAAAUGGGCAAACAACGCUUUAAUUCUCAAACAAGUUGCUAUGUCUUCAAUUCCCUUCUCUUUCUUAUUGGUUUAUCGGUCGGCCUAGUUUUCACCUUGUGUCUCAAAAGCUUCUCCUUCACCUUCCCUGCCUCCUUUCUGCUAUCUUCCCGGCUCACAACAGUUCAAACAUCAUCGUUAGCAUCACAACCUCCUCAAUAUUCCCCUCCACAGCCACCUCCACCUCCACCGCCAAAGUCAGUAGCGGUGCUUUCUACCGAUCAUACUUCAAAUGGUGCCUCUAAUUCUGCCACAAUAGUAGUAUCUUUGAGAGAGCAGGCAUCUUUGAUGCAUAACAUGACUGAUGAAGAGUUGUUUUGGAGAGCUUCGAUGGUUCCGCAAAUCAAAGAAUUUCCUCACAAGUUUUUGCCUAAGGUGGCAUUUAUGUUCUUGACACCAGGCCCUCUGCCUCUUGCUCCUCUGUGGGAGAAGUUCUUCAAGGGUUAUCAAGGGCUUUACUCCAUUUACCUGCAUCCUCAUCCUUCCUGCAAUGACUCAUGGCCUCAAGGUUCUGUUUUCUACGGGAGAAGAAUUCCUAGCAAGCCAGUAUCAUGGGGAAGAAUAAACAUGAUUGAUGCUGAACGAAGACUUUUAGCAAAUGCUCUCCUUGACUUUUCCAACCAAAGAUUCGUAUUACUCUCGGAUUCAUGCAUUCCAUUAUUCAACUUCACUACCGUUUACGACUAUCUCAUGAGCUCCAACCAAAGCUUCCUGGGCUCAUUCGACGACCCAAGGAAACCAGGCCGCGGCCGCUACAACCGCCAGAUGUUUCCCACGAUUACCAUCGAGCAAUGGCGAAAAGGGUCUCAAUGGUUCGAAGUCGAUCGCGAUCUCGCCGUUGGAAUUGUCUCCGACGCCAAAUACUACCGUGUUUUCCACCAGUAUUGCCUGGCACCAUGUUACAACGAUGAACAUUAUUUGCCCACGUUGGUCAACAUUCUUUACCCAGAAAUGAGUUCCAAUAGGAGCAUUACAUGGGUUGACUGGUCCAAGGGUGGUCCGCAUCCCAGGAAAUACGGAAGGGCAGACGUGACGGACGAGCUUUUGAAUGGAAUUCGACGUAGGACAUGCAAAUAUAAUGGAGAGACGACUAAAAAUUGUUUCCUCUUUGCUCGGAAAUUUCUGCCAAAUACUGUAGAGCCAUUGUUACGGGUUGCUCCAUCGGUGGUAGGUUUCGAUCCUUAGCUCGUUUGUCAUAUUACACUGCGAUUAAUUAACAUCAUUGGUCAUUACUUACUCAUAGAUUCAGUUAGUUAUUCCCUGUUCCUUUUUCUUUACUGUAUUGGUUUAUAACUGACUAUAUAUAUGUAGGAACUAUCAUUUUUAUUUUAUUUUUUUUCAUCCCGUUGUACCUGUUCUUUAGUUACUCUUUUAUUCGUUAGCCCUCACUAGAAUAGGCCCGGAAUAAACUUCUAGUUCUUUUGUGUUUCACAUAAUAGAAUU